GGCAGGUUUUGUCGUCAGUACCAGUACAAGCGGCGGGAUCAUUCACGAUCCAAGAUCCGACUACUCCCAGACUAACACGAUGGACGGCGACGACGCCAUCGCCAUUGUGGGUAUAGGAUGUCGGUUCCCGGGGGCCAACAACAUAGACGAGUUCUGGCAGGUGUUGGUCAAUGGGGAAAACCACUUGAUAGAGAUCCCCGAGGACAGGUGGAACAGCGCCGCGUUCUACGACCCUGGGCGUGACACCCCUGGGAAAUCUUACGUGAAGCAAGCGGCAUUUGUUCAGCAUCACGACGCCUGGGACAACCGCUUCUUCAUGAUCAACGAUGCCGAGGCGGAGCGUAUGGACCCCCAGCAGGCGAUGGUGCUGGAAUGUGUCUAUAUGGCCCUAGAGAAUGCAGGAAUCACUCGGGAGGACAUAUUUGGUAGCACUACGGGCGUAUAUCUUGGCAUCAUGAACAGCGACUACAGCGCCCUUGUGAACGCGGACCUGGUAGAGAUAAACCACCACGCCCCUACGGGCAGUUCCAACAGCAUUGCCGCCAAUCGUGUGUCCUUCACCUUCAACCUCCAGGGGCCGUCGCUGUGUGUGGACACGGCCUGUUCCUCGGCUAUGGUCGCACUGCAUCUGGCCGCGCAAGCUCUGAGAACAGGUGAGUGUACAACGGCAAUAGCAGGAGGCUGUAACCUCAUUAUGACGCCGGAAAACUUCGUUCCCCUGUGUCGUGCCAAAAUGAUGUCGGCCAAAGGACAAUGCCAGGCUUUCUGCGCAGACGCGGAUGGGUACGCUAGAGGAGAAGGCUGCGGCAUGGUUAUCAUGAAGAGACUAAAAGAUGCUCUCCACGAUCACGACCACAUAUGGGCUGUUGUAGGGACGGCACUGAACCAGGACGGUCACACAGCCGUGCCGAUAUCAGCGCCAUCUGCCAGCCAGCAAGAGACACUACUGAAACACAUCUAUUGCAAGUACCAAGUGGACCCUGCUGAGCUGCAGUAUGCCGAGGCGCAUGGCACAGGGACACCAAUAGGAGAUCCCAUCGAAGUCAACGCUCUGGGUAAGGUGCUGGGUAAAUCACGCAAGGAGGACGACCUCCCGCUCUUCGUCGGGUCCGUCAAAACCAACAUCGGCCAUCUUGAAUCCGCUGCCGGGUGCGCUGGGUUGAUCAAAGUCCUCUUGAUGAUGAGGGCAGGGAAGAUUGCACCGUCUCUUCAUUACACUCCAGAGAGGGGCAACCCCAAGAUCAAUUUCGAUGAGAUUCGCAUGAAAGUCCCAACUGAGGUCACAGACUGGCCCCCCUCUCCCAAAGGUUACCGCAUGUGUUGUGUGAAUUCUUUUGGUUUUGGAGGGACGAACGGCCAUGCUAUCGUGCGUGAGCAUUUGAACGAGAAACCAGAGCAUGGCGACGACCAGACCUACAUUGUUGCCGUCUCGGGGACCAGCGAGGGUUCAACCCAAGGGACGCUCACGCACCUGGUUGAGCGGCUUCGCACAGGGCAGUAUACUUUAAACGAAGUCGCUUACACUUCCACUUGCCGUAGAACACACUACAAUUUCAGAGUAGCAAAAGCGUCCUCUUCUAUGGAAGAUAUGAUAGAGAAGCUUGAGGCAGCAUCCAAUUACCCACCAAGCAGCCCCACGGUAGACGGGAAUGAUAAGAAAAUAAUCUUCGUGUUCUGCGGCAUGGGGACUCACUGGGAAGGGAUGUGUCUCGACCUGUAUGCAAAGGAACCAAUAUUCCGCCAAAAGAUGGACGAAAUCGAUCAAUAUCUGUUUGAAUUAUCAGGGUGGUCUGUUAUGCAGAAAUUCAGAGACCAUGAAGGAUUUGACCAGCCAGACAUUGCCCAACCGAUGAUAUUUGCCUGCCAGGUAGCCCAGGCAGAACUGUGGAUGCAUUGGGGAAUAAAGCCAGCUGCCAUUGUGGGGCAUUCAGUCGGUGAGGUUGCGGCAGCUUGCGUGGCCGGUGCCCUUCCAAUAAAAGAAGCAGUAACGGUCAUAUAUCAUCGCGGGCGCCUGCAGAAGAUGGUCACUGGGGGCAAGAUGUUAGUCGCUGGGAAAAUCCCUGUUGAAGAAGUGGAAGAGCUGUGCAAGAAGUACCCAGGACAGGUCAACAUCGCAGCAUACAACAGCGCUACUUCGUGUACAGUUUCCGGAGACGAUGACGCCAUAGAUGAAUUACACAGGGAAUUACAAUCUAAGAGUGCUGAGAGAAGUGAGAAGCUUUUCCUUCGUGAGCUUAAGGUGUCUUCUGCAUUUCACAGCCACCACAUGGAGCCCAUUGUAGCACCCCUAAUAGAGGCGCUGGCGGAGAUAAAAGGGAGUGAUAUCAAGAUACCUAUUGCCUCCACAGUCACUGGAGAUAUGGGGUCGGAAAGGGACUUUGUCACAGGAGACUACUGGUCCCGCAACGUUCGCCAAGCUGUGAUGUUUCAACAAGCCAUUGAGAAAGUGGUCAGCGAAACAGACACCAACGUCUUCAUUGAGAUCGGCCCCAGGCCAGCUCUCCGUGCUAACAUAGCCGAGACAGCAGGGAGCGCCGCCCACGUGUCGUUUCCAACAACUAAACCGAAAAACGAGCACCCAUGCAUGCUGGAAACCCUGUGCCAACUCUACCAAACUGGAGUCGACCCUAGCUGGAGUUCUUAUUAUAAAGGCCUAGAAGUCCCACCUGCCGACGUCCCCAAAUAUCAUUUCAACCGCUCCAAGACCUUGUUCAUCCCUGAGAAGGCAAGGCUGAACCUUCAAGGUGGUGGAACGGGAGGUGGGACUCACCCCUUCCUAGGGUCUCUCCCAGGGACAGACACAGAGUUCAAGGUUGUCAUCAGCAAAGAAACGACUCCCUUCUUGUAUGACCAUACCGUCGGCGGGACAAUCGUCGUACCAGGGGUGUUCCACAUUGAAGUGGGGUAUGCUGCUUAUAUGACGAUGACACAGUUUCGUUUUCCUACCGAUCACAUACGCCUCAGUGUGGAGUUCGUCUCCCCCAUUGUUUUGACGUCUGAUGACCCAGUUAACCUGAGGGUUGUUUUGGAAGUAGUCAAGCCCGAAGGUCAACCACAAGACGGACAGAUCAUCGAACAAUACAAGUACAAGGUAACAUCAAGAAACGGCCACGCGGUUCACGCGACCGGCACCAUCACGGUAAACGAAUACACAGAGGUACUCAAGAAGAUAGACAUGGACGGCGUAAGAGAGAGGUGCCUGGUUAAAACUACGUCACAAGACAUCUACGGGAUGCUGUCCGACUAUGGGUUCGACUAUGGUCCGUCGUUUAGAGGCCUGGGGUCCGGAGUGAGGAAUACUGAAGAAUACCUAGCCAAGAUACGCAUCCCGGAUGUUUUGCUUGAGGACGUAUACACCACUAUCAUGCACCCAGCACUGAUUGAUAUCAUGCAGCAGGCAGGGGGUAUGCUCGCCGCCAUGGAGAAAGAUAGGGCACUGGCCGAAGCAGACACCAGUGACACAGGUAACCAGGAAGAGUACGGUCAAGUCUUGCCACGUGGUUUGGGCAGCAUCAUUGUCCGCCAUCCCCCUAAGAGAGAGUGUUGGGCCUACGUCAGGAAACUGUACUUCACUAGGGAGGAGGUGAAAUACAAUGUGUGCAUGGUUGAUGACAAUGGAGACGUUCUGGUUGAGAUCCGCAAUUCUGUUGCUAAAGCUGUCACACAGUAUAAAUCUGUAGAAGACGUCUUGACCUAUACAGAAAAAUGGAGGCAUUUUUCUUUGGCUGAAGAUAAAAAGAUGAACAGUAGUGAUGAGUCGCUCAAUGAUGUGGAUGUUGAAGCUGAUCCUGGAAUGGAGAGACAAGACAGUCGUAGCAGCGAUAGCAAUGUUUCUCUGUCACCUGUCGCCAGACCAAAAGCCCUCGUCUUCUGUGACAAAGAAAAUGCAUGGCAAGCCAUUAAAGAUCAUGUUGCCACUGAUUCAAUAUUUUUUCAGCCGGAUAGUUGCCCUGCUGCAGUACUUCUUCAUGAUGAGGAAACCAUGGCAAAACUCCUGAAAGAGAGAGUCUCUGAUGAUGCACUUUCAACUGUAGAAGUAAUCAUACACAUGUGGAGCUAUCAAAACCAUCAACUCAGUUUUUCUCCUGAGGUCAUCGACUUUGCGAUACAGUACGGCUCAGCAAGCUUGCGUCAGCUUGUGAAAGCGCUUGUGACGUCAGAGAUGAACAUCCCCAUCUUGGUUCUCACGCAAGGGACUCAGAUUAUGAAUGCUGUCAAUGGAAUUCCGUCUGAGCUAAAAAAAUUCGAAAACAGUAUACCAAAUCCGAUUGGUUCACAGGUAAGGGGCUUCACACGCUGCCUGUUAAAGGAGUUUACGUAUAAUCACAUCAAAGUUAUAGACCUUCUCCAUGGUAAUGAAACUGAGAUCAGCAAAUUCGGCAGCGCCUUGAAUAAAAUCCUCCAAGAAAAUGUCUGCGAGAUGAUGAUCUCUGACAAAAGUAUCUACUGGAAUGAAUUUGUCCAACACAGUGAUGACAAAAACGCAGUCCACCGACGAGAGAACAUUGUCUACCCAGGGUGUGAAGUCAGACUUGUGUCUGCAAGCAACAAUGCUUAUCGAAACCUGCACUGUCGCUAUGACACUAAACAACACACAGAGAAAAUCCCAGCAUCAGGGAUGGUGAAAUUGACAGUUGAUACCGCACUCAUUCACCCCGAGCCAUUCUUUCCUGUUACCAUAGACGGCAUGACAAACAAAGAAAAAGUCUGGUCCAAGGAUGACAUCGAAGGCCAUGACGUCAUUUCCCUUAGUAUGACUGGCGAAGUCCAAGCUAUAGGAAACCAGAAGAAAUCCAAAUUCCAAGUGAGCGAAUCCGUAGUUACACUGUACCCAACAUCGGUUCAUUCCUCUGUGAUUGUACCUGAAUGGUGUCUUCUGAAGCUUCCUCCAUACAAGGAACACUUGAAGCAUUUUCUGCCUCAAAUCAUGAUCAGUUGGUACAUAUUAAAGAAGAUCCGACUGCACAAGAGACCAGUAACUGUGAUAAGUAGGUCAACCCAAUCCAUGAUGACUCACACUGUAUGCAUGAUGGGCAGCGCAGAACACCGACCCACUUUUAUCCUGCAUCCAUCCGACCUUACAGAGACAAAGAUUGCUGACCCAGAGCCUUUUAUCGUUCUUCUCACAGCAUUGGAUAUCAGAGAAACAGAGGCCUUGUCCCGAGCAAUCCAAGGUUCUGCCACGAUUGUAAUUUUACAAGAGUGGGCCAAGCCCGGAUACAAGCUGGAUUUGAGUCAUGCUGUCCCUGAAGCCAUAGUACACUCAGUCAGUCUCAGAGAGUUUUUCACCCCCGUUAACCUAAAACAGCACCACGAUAAGUUUGCAAAGUGGCUUGAAAAGACAACCAAAUUAUCGAAGCUUGGGUUCAAAGUAGAACCAUUGGGAUUAUCAGCCAAGGAAGUGCGAUCAACUUCCAAAACACCCAGUCACAAUUUGACUUGUGAUUCCAAGACAGUGUGUGUCUUCUCCAUACGAAAGGAUGGUGUCCAAGUACCCCUUCCUGUCCAAACAGGGAAAGGCGAACUUUUCCGACCAGAUUGCAGUUACAUGGUGAUAGGUGGUCUCACUGGUCUAGGGUGGGAAAUAGUUCGCUUUAUGGCCGAGAGAGGUGCUGGAUACAUCCUGCCAGUAUCAAGACGACAGCCAUCAGAGGAAAUGGUCUAUGAGAUAAGCGAACUUGAAGACACAUAUAAUUCCAAAGUUGUGUGUCUGCAAGCAGAUGUCAGUGAUAUGACGUCACUACGUAACGCCUUCAACGAUAUGGCUACAAAACUUCCAGGAGUUCAUCUGAAGGGAGUCUUCCAUGGAGGCGCAGUAUUGGACGAUGGGCUGUUGGUGAAAAUGACCCAGGAGCAGUUUCAGAGAGUCACCAACCCAAAGAUUGUAGGUACAUUAAACCUACAUGUACUCACGAAGGACAUGGACUUGGAUUACUUUGUUAUGCACUCGUCUACAGCGUCAUCCUUGGGUAAUGCUGGGCAGACAAAUUAUGCAGCAGGGAACUCAUUCAUGGACACGUUUGCUCACUACCGCCGGCAACUCAACCUGGCAGGCCAAACCAUCAACUGGACAGCUCUAAGCAUUGGCAUGCUUAAGGAUAACGAGGCCCUCAGGAAGAAAUUGGCCAACCAAGGCUGGCCAGCCCUGGAUGUGCCUGACAUCCUACGUUGCUUUGAACACUGUCUGUGUACCAAUCACACCCAAAUUACCUUUGGCGAAUUUAACUGGAAACGGAUAACCCAGGAUCUCAUGAAAGGGGACUUCAGUCACAUACGCAGCCGCUUCAAGACUCUGAUUGCUUUGAAUUAUGUGGAAAGAAGCGGUGCUGAAGGAGGACGUGGACAGUUACUCCAAAUCAACAUAGACGAGUUACUGAAGAUGGCCCCAGAGAAGAGACAGCCAAUUAUAUUCAAGUACCUUAAACUGCUACUAAGUGAAAUCUUCAGCAUGGAGCCAUCAUUCGUGAAGGAUGAUUCCGUACUGAUGGAGCUUGGUAUGGACUCCAUGUUGGCUAUGACCCUUAUCAGCAAGCUCAACGAAGAUCUCAAAGUCAAGGUCCCUGUUGUGAUCAUUAUAGGUCAGGACACCACCCCACUUACUCUCACCAACUACCUCAACGAGCAUCUUGGUGCUGGUGAGGCCGAAGACAGUGGAGAGGUUGAGCUAACCGAAAAGUCCUUUGAUGACCAGAUCCCAUCCAUCUGCCCUACUGAGUACACUUACUGGAUGAAGUACCUAGAGGACCCUUCAGAUUAUUCCGUGUUGAAUGUCGUGGGUUUUAGGAACACAAUGCGUAUCUGGGACUUGUAUUUCAUGAGAGAGGUUCUUGAUGAUAUGCACAAGCGCCUCCCGGCUCUCAGAACCACGUACCGGUCCAAUGAUCGUGCCAGGUAUGGGGUGGAGGCCGUGACCCAUGAUGCAAAGACAUUCAAGCCACCAUACUUCAUGUAUGAAGUCAACAACGUUUAUGAAUGCGAAGCUCGUCUGGCAGAGUGUAUAAAGACCCCAUGGAACUUUGAGAAAGAAUCUGGUCUGAGGGUUGUCAUAAUGAAGAAACGAAUUGAUGUCAAGUACUUUGCUUUCAUUUUCCACCACAUGGUAUUUGAUAUGACAGCCAUCAAUGCCGUUCUCAACGAAUUUCCAACUGUCACCGUGGCAAAAAUGGAGGCGAAGAAAUCACCGCGGCCCUCUUUAACCUCAUCGGGUCAUCAGGUGGCGCUGGCGAUGGAUAGUUUGUUGGCAAGACAAUCAAAAACCUUGUCGGCGUUUUGGAAAGGUUUGUGUCCUGAGGACGUACCGCUGAGAGUCAGGUUACCAAGCAGCCUUCCACCAACGGACCACAUUUCUAAACAUGGGUCAUAUAUCCUUCGGCACUUCAGUGAAAGCACGUGGGAGAAAAUAACGACAUUUGUAAAGGACAACAAUCUCACUCUCUUCAAACUUUUCAUGAGCGCAUACCAACUCCUGCUGCAUCAAUACUGCAACUCUCAUUACAUCACUGUAGGCGGCGUGGUUGACCUGCGUAGCCACCUGAAAGACGUGAAGAAUCCAAUGACGUCCUUUGCCAAUCACAUACCGUACGUAGCCUCAUUCAAAGAAGAAGACUGCAGUAUUUUGGAAUUCCUCCGAAACAAUGCAGAAAUUAUCAAUCAAUGUAUCGAGCACAGCGUUUACCCUGCACAUCGAAUUCAUGAAGAUAUUAGAGGAUCGCCCACAUUCCCUUACCCUCAUUUACUCGUGAUGAAAGAUGCUGGAGAUUUCUCUCCUGUAUUCGAAUCGGCUAGCCGGUUUGGCACACACAUCUAUCGGGUGCAGCAAGUUGGGUGCUGGUGGGAAACCCGCAUGGCUCUCUGGAAAAACGUCCCCUCAGAACCUUACCACAUUGAACUCUCGUACAGUUACGAUAUUUUGACGAGAUCUGAAGCAAACGCUGUAGCAGACGACUACGUAAGGUUGUUGGAAGCCAUCGUCGACUGCCCAGAUAUGUCCUUGAGUGAAAUAUCUCGCCCAAAACUCUUUGAAACCAUCACCGAUGCCAUUGAGCCAUAUGAACAAAGCCAAGCUGGUUCCGAUGGGGUGUUGUACAAACUGAAAACACAAAAACCGAUACCGGUCCAAAACACUGCUGUUGGAAGUCCUGUUGGGUCGUCAUUGGAUAAAAAAGGUGCUCGGGCCUCUCCUCCUCCAUACACCGUGCAUGAUCAACACUCUCAGAAGACGAAGAGCAGAAUGGCCGAGAAGAUACGAAAGAAAGAAGCCAAGAAAUUAAUGAAAAGCCAGAAAGAAGGGAAGAUGGCUGAUAAAUCUGGAAAGAAGCAAAACGACCAAAAUCAUGGAAAGGAUGCAGUGAAGACCAAGGGCAUGGGCAAGAUAUCGACAUUGAAUAAGGACGAGUACAGCGCUGGCAUGAAGAAACUGAAGGAAUAUUACAGUCAGAUGAAGUUUGACAUUGCCACAACACAGGAGAUUCGUGCCAUUUUGUCCUCUAUGCCGUAUUCCCCGAACGUGCUGAAACUGCAAGGAGGGGGCCAUCUUUCUAAACAAGUGGAUGGUAAGCUGAGCCCGGUUCACAUGCGACUUCUUCUGCCGGGAAAAGCCAAGGAGCUUCCAAAAGGCAUCCGGCUGGUCUGGGGCCCGCGGGAGAACCUGUACAGGAGCAGUCUGAAGUUGAACAAGAUCAUUUCCGCCGACUUUGCCACUGAUGGAGAAAACUCAGGCAUGGUAAUAGACGUGGGGCGAAAGAAGUACUAUUUCGUUCACUCGGACGCAUACUCGGUGGAACGUUGGGUAUAUGGCAUACAGGAACUUCUGGAUCCCGACGAUGAUGCUGAGUGGGAUUAAUGGACAAAGAGAUGACACAAGAGAAAGGAAUUUGUAAGGGGAACGCUGAAUUCUUGUAACGCAAGCAAUGAAACGUGUAACGCUGGCAAGGAAACUUGAAAAAUGUAAAACAUUGAGAAGGUUGCGAGAGCUUCAGAUUCGUGAGCCUCGGUGCUUUGACGUCCCCGUGUCAAUGACUGCUGUGCGUUUUCCAAACUGAAUUUCUAUCAGUUAUCAAAAGUUUAAAAAGCUAUCGUUAAGAUAUAAGAGUACAUGUGAGGAGAUGUGCUUGUAGAAGACUAAAAAAGAUUCAUUAAAAUGACUUAAACUCCAAGCAAAUAAAGAAGUACUUCAAAAUUUCCCUAAGAAAUAAAUCUGUAAGAAAAAUCAGCUUCUUCUUUAGAAGCCUUGGUGAUAACCUGUUGAACCGCUGUCUUAUGAAUUUUAGACUUAACUAGUGGAGCGAAAAGGCGCAGUAGUUUGAUCAGUGGGGUAGAGAGUAAAGUUUUACUUACAUACCGAAAGUUGACGCUGAAGCAUCAAAUGCUAUAAUAUUAUGCAACUCGGUGCAGUGCUUAUUACUGUAUACGCAGUACACAUGUAGUGCAUCUGAUGCGAUUGUUCUGCCAAUAUUUUCACUUUUUUCCCAUAUUUAAUAUGGUUAUAGUGCAAGAGGUUCUCCGUAUAUAAUAGUAAAAUUCUGAUUAAUUUGAUAAUUAAUACCGUAUAAUUUGGUGGUAAGGUUUUGGUGUUAUAUUGGAAGGGCAAUACAAUGUUAUACCAAUAUUCAAGAGUAUAUAAGUCUGCAGUUACUGUAGUACCAUAUAGUUUUGUAUUAUAUAUUUGGGUAAAAAUAUUGCAAUGCAACGUUGCACCAUUGUUGUCAACAGAGUUUAUUUUCUUGGUAACUUUGUGUUUCAGUUCAUAUAUAUGUUUAUAUUUAGUUGCGGCUGUAGGCCUACGUGGCAGAUGGAAAGCAUGUAAAAUAUACCGUUAUCAUAUUCAGGUACAAGUAUAUCUUAAUCCCAGUAUUGAUGUGCCGUAUAUUUAUAUGCAAAGUAUUAUGUAUAUUAUGCAAAGCAGUGUCUUAUCUUAACUGCGGGAUUAAGUUAUUAAUCUCAGAUAAAGUAGUGAAGCAAACAGUGUUGGAAGAGCAGAUAAAUAAGUUUUUCUGUUGUCUUUAUGGUUUGCUUUAAGGGCAUUGUAAGCCUUUAUUGUUAUCCAGAUACCCAAAAUUAGUUGUUUCCUGCAUCUAAUUAUUCAAUAAUGCGUCUAUUUUUGUGCUGAUUUAAAGCAAU